UCCAAAAACCUCUGUAACCACCGCCCGCCGCUACUUCUGUAACCCCAAGAAGGCGAAUUAGUUCUUCUCGUGAAAUCCAGAGUUCAAAAUGAAUUCUUCUUCUUUCCCUUCGAUUAGUAAUCAAUACGAAGGCAGAAUGGUUCAGCAAUGGCCUAACAACUUUACGAUUUAUGACGGCAGUAACAGGCGUUACCCAGGAUCACUAGCAACCAUUGAUUCUGAGGAAGAACAGGAGCACAGUAGGCUUGAUCCUGAAUCAGUUCCAUACGUUAUUGUAGUUCAAGGACCUCCAAAUGUUGGGAAAUCUUUGUUGAUCAAAUCUCUAGUGAAAAUAUUCACCAAGCAGGAUCUAGACAUUCGAGGCCCUAUUACUGUGGUAGCAGGUAAGUGUAGGCGGAUACAGUUUGUGGAGUGCCCAAAUGAUGUUAAUGGCAUGAUAGAUGCUGCCAAAUAUGCUGAUUCGGUGGUAUUCUGUAUUGAUGCAAGUUAUGGAUUUGAAAUGGAAACAUUUGAGUUCUUUAACCUUCUACAAGUUCACGGCUUUCCAAACGUUGUUGGGGUUUUCUCACAUCUUGAUAAGAUCAAAGUUGCACUAACUGAAACCAAGCAUCGCCUCAGUCUUCAGUUCUGGAACGAAAUCUAUGACAGAGCAGCACUGUACUACUUGUCGCGUCCCGAUAACGGAAGGUAUGUAGAUGAUCAGAUUCAGGAACUAGCGGAAUUCAUAUCAGUUAUGGAAUUCAAUCCUUUGUCCUGGAGAACUGCACAUCCUUAUGUGCUAGUCGAUCAUUUUGAAGAUGUUACUUCUCCAGAAAGGGUGCACAUUGACAAGAAAUGCGAUAGAAACAUAGUUAUGUACGGUUAUCUUCGGGGCAGUAAUAUGAAGAGAGGAACCAAGGUGCAUAUUGCCGGUGUUGGUGAUUUCCAUUUAUAUGGUAUUACAAGCUUAGUGGAUCCCUGCUCUUUACCUACUGCAGCCAAAAGGAAGGGAGUGAGUCACAAAGAAAGACUCUUUUAUGCACCAAUGUCUGGUCUUGGGGAUCUUCUCUAUGACAAGGAUGUGGAAUACAUGAAUAAACUUAACAAUCUUGAUGGGGUAACGCGAUUGGAGAUCGAGGAUUUCAGAAAAGGAACUUAUUUAAAGUUCGAGGUUCGCGAUGUUCCUUUUGAGAUGACUAAAAAUAUUGAUUCCUAUUGCCCUAUUCUUGUUGGAGGUAUCAGUCUUAAAGAGGAGAAUGUUGGAUAUAUGCAGGCGAGGAUUAAGCGACAUAGCUGGCAUAGGAAAUCAUCGAAGACAAGAGACCCUAUCAUUGUUUCAGUUGGUUGGAGACGUUACCAGAUCAGACCCAUUUAUGCCCAAGAAGUUGGUUGGAGACGUUUGCAUCGAAUCCAUUGCAUUCCCGAUCACGAAGAUUGUCUUGCAAUGUUUUGGGGUCCUCUCGCACCUCCCGAUACCGGGAUUGUUGCUGUAUAUAAAGGCAAUAAGGCUGUAUUUCGGAUUUCAGCUACGGGUGUCAUACUUGACUUUACCCAGGCUGCAGAGAUUGUUGCAAAGAUAGCGAAGAAACGCAAACAAGUUAGGACUCCUCUUAAGAUCUUCGAGGAAACUGCUCUGACCAAAGACAUGUUUACAUUGGAUCUUGAAAUUGAUUGGUUAGAAGGUGCAGCAGUUCAGACUGCAAGAGGUGCUCAGGGAAACGUUAAAAAGGCUGCUCAAGAAAAGCUUGUUAUUAAACUUAUUAGGAAGGGAGAUCAACCCAAAGAAGGAAUUGCUAGUUGCUCAUUGCAGCACGAAAUUUCUUUGAGCGAUAAAGUUUUCAUGCGCGUGUGGGAUCAAGUAGGUGAACUGAAGGACUCAAGGGACUGUAUUGAACAGGGCAUGGAAACAGUAGGUGAACUGAAGGACUCAAGGGACUGUAUUGGACAGGGCAUGGAAACAGUAGGUGAAUUGAAUGAUUCUCUUGACAAGGAUGAUCCUGCAAGGAGGCAGUCGACGAUUGAACACCGACGUAGUGUGGUGUUUAGCGAGUCGAGGGUUAGAUUCGGAAGAGUUCCGUUGAUCUGUGAAGAGUGCCGGGUGGGUUUGAAAAGUAACCAAAUUGUGCUGUAGCAAUAAUGUAAAAAUACAGAUAAAUCUUCCAAAACUCAUAUAGUGGUUUGGAAAUAAUUUUGACAACUCUCUGUUCUUUACUGCUGUUUUGGGUGAUUCUGGCGUUCACCUUGAUGGUGUGAUUCUAAGCUAACCUUCCUUUACAAAGCACGGUGAAUUUCUGUGUCGUCACUUAAAUUACAUAACUGAGUUAUAAUCAGAUGUAUUUUUGUUGAAUCUGAUUCAUUUUUUAAUCUAAAUUUCCGAUUUGUUACUUUAA